AGCCCUUCAAUUUUUCCAUUGCAUAUCCUGGUUUUACUCUUCUGUUCAGGUCAAAUAUUGUCGUCCACUUGCCAACCCUAGCGGCGAUCCGUGAUUCUUCUUGUACCAAAAGAGUAAACUUUUCAGGUGGCAUAAUGGCUAGCAAGCGUAUCCAAAAGGAGCUUCAGGAUCUGCAGAAGGAUCCUCCAACAUCGUGCAGUGCUGGGCCUGUUGGCGAAGAUUUGUUUCAUUGGCAGGCAACUAUUAUGGGUCCAUCUGAAAGCCCUUAUGCUGGAGGGGUUUUCUUUAUUAAGAUCCAUUUCCCUCCGGAUUACCCAUUCAAGCCUCCUAAGGUUAACUUUCAGACCAAGGUUUACCACCCAAACAUCAACUCUAAUGGAAGCAUUUGCCUGGACAUUCUCAAGGAGCAGUGGAGCCCCGCACUCACCAUAUCAAAGGUUCUCCUUUCCAUCUCCUCUCUGCUCACAGAUCCCAACCCCGAUGAUCCCCUCGUCCCCGAAAUCGCUCACAUUUACAAGAAUCAGAGGAGCCGAUACGAGGAGACCGCGAGAGCUUGGGCCCAGAAAUAUGCCAUGGGCUGAUGAAAGAAGACUUCAAUGGACCCUAUGAUUCUGUGUGUAAUGUUUGUAAUGAGUUUGCUAUGUGAAAAAUAUAAAUACUUGUUGGUUUAAUAUUAUGUCAUGGAAGUGUAAAACCUGCUCUGUGGUGUCUGUAACUUUUGUAUGCUUAUUUGAGAAGCAUUCCUAUGGGAAUGGACGCAUAUAUGUAUGUUUUUGCUCUCCAUCUCACCGAAGCUGAAUGAUUAUGUCAAA